AUGACCAUAACUACAGAGGCUGAAAGGCCAACAGACCUCGACCCCGAUCUCAAGGCUGCAGCGACUGCCACUGCGACAGCAACCACCACCACCGAAAGACACGCGCCCACCACAGAGGAGAGUGACCUGCAGGCUGAGAGCGAGGGCGAUUUUCGCGAUGACGAUUCAGCGCUCGGCUCUGAGCAAGAACGUCUCGAUCUGCAACACCAUCUCUUCACACUUACCCUCGGUGGAAAGCUGUAUCUGAGUCCAUUGCAACGCGAUGAUAAGCCCUUGGGACGCGUUCUUGAUGCAGGAACAGGAACUGGCGUUUGGGCCAUUGACUUUGCCGACACCCACCCAAAGACACAGGUCCUUGGAAUCGAUCUGAGUCCUAUCCAACCAAACUUCCUUCCAACAAACCUCGAAUUUCAAGUCGACGACCUCGAAGAUGAAUGGACAUACAGCUACAAAUUUGACUUUGUCUUUGGUCGCAUGCUCACUGGUUCAAUUGGCGACUGGCCCAAGUUCUUCCAGCAGUCCUUCGACAGCCUCAACCCAGGAGGUUGGGUCGAGUGUCAAGACAUAACCUUCCCCUGUGAAUCAGACGACGGAACGCUACUAAAGGGAUCUCCCAUCGACCAGUGGUGCGAGCUCAUGACUGAAGCAGCGAACAAUUUCGGCAGAUCAGCAGUCAGCGCAAAGUUGUACAAGCAGCAGAUGAUCGAUGCAGGCUUUAUCAAUGUUACUGAGGUGGUAUACAAGUGGCCUAGUAACAGAUGGCCUGCGGACCCUUACUACAAGGAACUUGGAUUCUGGUGUAACCACAACAUCGCUGGUGAACUGUCUGGCCUCUCCAUGGCUCUUUUCACGAAAGGUUUGGGCUGGAGUGUUGAAGAGGUGGAGGUUUUCCUGACCAAGGUCAGAAUUGAUAUGAGGGAUAGACGCAUUCAUGCUUGGUGGCCUAUGUGA